AUGUCUUUUAUUACCAUAAAAUUUAAUUUUGGAUGUUUUUUUUUUAUAAUUAAAUGUAAGAAUAAAAAUUUGGAACAGAAUAUAAGUAACAUUGAUUUGUUCAGCCAUUUUCUGAUUAACAUAUUAUCAACUGAGAAUUCAGAGAAAAGGAAAGAAAAAUCAAGAGAUGCAGCUCGUUGUCGUCGUGGAAAAGAAACGGAAAUAUUUUUCCAGUUAGCCGACCAGCUUCCUCUGCCUCGCGAUAUAUCUAGCCAAUUAGACAAAGCUUCUAUUAUGAGACUUGCUAUUGGUUAUCUGAAGAUAUGGCAUUUACUUGACCCUUCUAGAUCUAGCACGACAGCUAAGAAGUCUGUAUCUCCCCUUGAUUGUUACUUUGCAAAAGCACUUGAGGGAUUUCUUAUCGUUUUAUCAGAAGAAGGAGAUAUGGUUUAUCUAUCUGAAAGUGUUAAUCAUUAUUUAGGAUUGACUCAAAUUGAUCUCAUGGGACAUAGUAUUUUUGAUUUUACUCAUCCAUGUGACCAUGACGAAAUUAGAGAAAUGCUAUGCAUUAAAUCUGAUGCAGAACAAAAGCUGCCUAUUCCUCGGUCAUUCUUUGUUAGGAUGAAAUGUACACUUACAAAUAAAGGACGGAAUGUCAAUCUCAAAUCAGCUACAUACAAAGUCAUACAUUGUACUGGUCAUGUAGUGGGCAAUAAUGUUCCAGUUCAAGCAGAAGAAAAGAAAAUUCAAGAUAAUAAUAAUUUAACAUAUAAUUUGGUAACUAUUGGAGAGCCCAUACCACAUCCUUCAAACAUUGAAGUGCCUUUGGAUAGACAAACUUUUCUAAGUCGACAUAAUUUAGAUAUGAAAUUCACUUAUGUAGAUGAAAGAAUAUCAAAUUUUCUUGGAUACAACAAAGAUGAAUUACUUGGGAAGUCGGUAUAUUCUUAUUAUCAUGCAUUAGAUAUAGCAGUUUUGGAAAAGAAUUACAAAAUACUAUUUUCUAAAGGACAGUGUGAAACUGAAUACUAUCGCUUCUUGGCUAAACAUGGUGGUUAUGUUUGGAUACUAACUCAAGCUACACUUAUCUAUGAAAACAAUUCUUCCAAACCCCAAUGUGUUGUUUGUGUUAAUUAUGUUUUGAGUGGCACAGUAAAUAAAGAUGAAAUUGUAUCUACGGAACAAGUAAAGUGCCAAGAACAGAAAGUAACUGUCCAACCCACCACUAACGUAUCUUCCGGGCCUCAAAUCAGCACCAAAAGUAUUUUUGCUCCUCGUACUGCAGACAUGAAUAAAGGUUUUCUCACAUUUAUAGAUGAUAAGAGUGGUUUGACAGUAUCUGAUUUCAGUGGCACAGUAAAUAAAGAUGAAAUUGUAUCUACGGAACAAGUAAAGUGCCAAGAACAGAAAGUAACUGUCCAACCCACCACUAACGUAUCUUCCGGGCCUCAAAUCAGCACCAAAAGUAUUUUUGCUCCUCGUACUGCAGACAUGAAUAAAGGUUUUCUCACAUUUAUAGAUGAUAAGAGUGGUUUGACAGUGUUUCUAAUUUUUCCAGAUAUGCUUAAUGAUGUGCUGUUUUCUGAAGCUUAUGGUGAUUGCAAACUCACUCCAGAUUAUGGAUUGCUUUCUGAUGAUCCCUGUUUCUCUGUGGGAAGCAAUAAUAGUAGUAAUUUAAGUAGUCCUUUAACUAAUGAUCCAUUUCUUAGUUACAGAGAGGAUUCUCUAUCAUCACCAGAUUCUUGUGGUACAUCAUCAGAUUUGUCAUUAUCAAAGAGUGGCAGCAUAACUGAUCUGCAAAGUAGUAAAUCAAAUACCCCUGAUUUGCCAAGUUUAGAGAGUCCUGUAGAUAGAUUUGCAAAUCUUGAUCUUAAACUUGAUAGUUCAGCAAUCAUCUCAAGUGGAAAAAAUGAUUUAUCAUUAGGGGAUGAUUUUGAUAUGCAUAUGAGAGGGACAUAUAUGUCAAUGAGUUCAGAUGAUUUUCCAUUAUUAAGUCCUUCUAAUUCUGUAAUGUGGGGACCACAAGAUUCUCCAAGUAGUAGUCCUAUUAGACAUUCACUAAACCACAGUCCUAUCAGAAUGGAGGAUUCACAUUUGUUAUCAAAUUCACUGCCUUCAACAAUUGCUAAAUCAAGUUUAGCAGCUCUCUUACAAUCUGAUGUUCGGAAAGAACGCACAAACCAUUCAGUUUCUGAAAAACAGAAAUACAAUGAGAAAAAUAAUAGGUGGCACCAAGUAUCAUCUGAUAAAGGAGGAGGGAAACCAGGAAAUAAAAAUAACACUAAUAAUUAUUUGCCUGUAAGACGGGGAUUUGAAAGUGGUGGACGAAUUGUUGUUCUUGAUGACAGACCAAAUAGAAAAGAUCUUCCUGUAAAUCGGCAUUAUAAUAAAAACAGUGAUGCAGGAAGACAGCAAAAUGGUGUUACAACUAAUGGUGAUUCAUUACAUUCUCGUUCCAUUAAAUCGUUAAGCAUGACAUCACAAAAAUCAGUAAAUGGCACAUCUAAAUUACCAACUCAUGGAACAGGUAUUGCAACUGGACCCAUUGAACAAAAACAACCAUUCCCUUCGCCGCCAGAUCCACCUCCAAAACGUAGCAAUUGUAAUUUAUCUGGACCACCAGACAGCCCAAAGAGAAUGAGGAUUGAAAGUGGGCUUUUUCGUCCUGGUGGUCAGAUAACCCUUAAAGAUAGUGUUUUAUUGAAUCUCUUAAUCAAUGGAGAAGAUGCCAGCAAUGGAUAUCAUUGUUCCGGUAAUAGAUAUGAAAUGAAGUCAUCAUUCUCUUCUGGCAAUCAAUCUGUUAAUGUAUCAAAGAAAAGCAAUACUUUCCAAAAUCAGACAAUUCAAACAACUACACGUUUAACGAACGGAGAAGAAAAUGCCGUACCAUCUCUAUUGUAUAUUUCUCAACAAGAUGCGGAAGUGAAUGCGCCUAUUCAGCCUUCGUAUCUGUUACAGGGUGAAGAAUUACUAAAGGCGUUGGACCAAACGAUGAAAGACGUAACUGCCAUUGUUUAAAUUAUGGUGCUUCGACAAUAAACAAAAGAAAACUUGGUGUCGUGCUUCCACAUUACAUCUCUCGAAACAAACAGAAGCAUCACGCACCACACUUUACAAAACUGCCAAAUUUGUAAAUGCCACAGAAAUAUUUGAGGACUUAUCAGUGAAUAAUUAUAUAUUUCUUUGUGGCCAAAGGGGGUUAAACAAAAAAAUUUUGAAAGUCAGCAUUUUUUUAUGAUGCUUUUUGAUAGAGAGAAACUAUAUAUUUCUGUAGACAAAAGUACAAUAAGCAGUUGUAAAAAUAUCCAUUGGAAUGUUGAAUGCAUAAAAGAAAAUAAUAACAAAAAAAUCAGUUAAAUGUAUUUACCUAAAAACUGUAAUUAUUAGAGACAUGUACUUUUAUUUUCUUCUAAAAAUUGUAAUAUAAUUAGCUAAGUAUUAAUUUUAUUGUUUUUAUAGUCAAUCGAGGAGAAAAUAUUAAAAAGUACAUUCUAUCUGCUUCAUAGUUUGACAAAAAAAGAUCUGCUUUCAUUGUUGUAAAAUAUUGAUAUUUAAAAUUGUAUGAUGUGUAAAUAUCUAAGAUUUCUCUCCUAACCAAAUUGGAAAUCACAGAUCUGGGAAAGAAUGGAAUUUUUUUUGGCAAGAAAUCAUUCGUGAAAAACUUUACCAAAAUAUAUUUUUUAAAAAAAGGAUUGCUUAAAAUUUUAUUCUAAAAGAAAUGAAGGAAACUAUCACUAAACAAUUUACAAAAUAAAUUCCAACCUAAGUGUCAUAAAAAAGUGCCUGAUCACAAAAUAGUAUUGCAUUGUGAUAAGUGUGGCAAUAUGCAGUAUUAUCUACAUAAUAGCAGAGUGGUGGUAAAGCAAUAGGAAAAAAGUGCAUCCUUUUCACUCAGGACUUGCUAGCUGCCUGAUAUCUUUUAUGUAGUAAAAUAUAUGACUGAUAUUCAUGUUGUGAUUGGAAUUCAACAUCAAUCCAUCCGCUGUGGUACCAUUCAAAUAAGAGAAUGUUCAUAUGUCAUUGCUUGUCUUCUUAAUUUUUAAGAUAAUUUAACACUUUUUUUAUUCUUAUCAAUUUUUUUACAUAAAAAAUUCAUUAAAGUAAUUUUUUGAAAAUAACUAAUUAAAACAACGACAUAUGGCCCAUAGAACCAUCAUGUGCCUUUUUUAUUGAAAUGUUUUCAUUUAUACAGUCUGGCAAAUUUAGAGAAAUGUCUCUUAGCCUGGAUUUAUUGUUAUCAUAUUGCAUUUUUUUUCCUUUUUUUGUUAUUUUAAUGUGCGACAUCUAAUUUAUCAAUGGAAAAUUGCAAUGCUUUGCAUGCUUAUUAUUAAAGCCAAGUUAGUUUUUGCUCAAUGUAAUAUUUUAUUAUCAUAUAUUAGCAAAUUUUAUUUAAUAGUAUAUGAUGUUAAUGAGUCAUUUUAUGAAGCUUUGUAGUUUACUUCAUUUACAAGAUAUGUGAUAUUCAUUGAUUUUUGCAUAAUUAUUAUAUAUUUUUUCUUUUAUUAUAAAUAUAACCCAUAAUGGGUUUGCUGUAUAAUAAGAGUCUGAAAUAUUGCAGACAUUUUCUCUGUUAAAUAUACAUUGUUAUCUGGUCUUUGAUUGAAAGUCAAUCUCGAAAUGACUUGUGUACUAUAUCGCAUGUUUAAAAUGAUUACUGGAUAACUAUUGUGUAUAAACGAGCUUUACGUAAAGAAAGAAAAACUUCAAUUUUCAUUAUAUGUCAAUGUUUUGGAUCAUAAAAUGUAUUUAAAAGAUAAUACAAAACACUUGUUAAUAAUCAUUUUGCAGUAUAAUUUGUUUAAAAUUGUAAUAAAUGUAAAAUUGUACGGAAAGAAUCAAUAUUUUGUAUCAAUAACUUAGCCAGGAGAGAUGUUAUAAGAUUGAUUUUAAUUCCAUUGCCUUGAAAUUGUUUUUAUCAUGUAAAUAUCAAUUAAACUUAUAUAUAAGUAUAUAUGAAUAUAUUCAUACAUUAUGUAUAUUAUUAUUUUUUUUUUAAACUCAAAAUUUGUAAAGAUUUGAUAUAAUUCGAAGCAAUUAUGGCUUUGUUCUAUAUGAUCACAAUACAUAACCAAAGCUAAAAUGUGGAAAUGUGCCAUUUCACUAUUGUUAAUUAUGAAAUACGUAUUUUCUGUUUAAACACUAGUUAAAAAUACAAAUAGUUUAUUACAUUGUAUUUUCAAUGAGUUAAUAUUCUAUAUUAUGAUAGUUUUAUUAUGUAGAUACAGGAUCGAAUAUCUGUCUGUCAGAGCUAUUAUACAAUAGUUUGUUGAACAAACAUAUAUCUAAGCAGAAAUUGCUGAAAAAAUGUGGAUAAUAUGGAGCAUAUCCAAAUGUAAAAUAACAUUUAUAGGGUUGUGCAAAGUGUGAAAGAUGAUGAAAGUACAAGAAUUAGUGAAAUUUAUAUUGUUGGCACUUCUAAAUGCAAAGUAUGCCAUCUUUUUCCCUUCAUGAACUUGAUAAUUUAUGUAUUAUAAACAUAUUUUUUUUCUUUCAUUUUUUUUAGUCAUUAACAUUAAAUCAUUCAAACAUGGAAACUAACAGAAAAUUAAUUUUUUUUAAUAUUUUAUGGAAGAAAUUGAGAGAGUAUCAUGAAGAGAAAGUGUAUUAACUAUAUCAUAAGUGGUAUAUUGUAUAUGUAAAUAUUUAUUUUCAAUCAGAGUCCCAAUAUUUUACUAAUUUGUUGAUUGCAUCACACGUUGAUCUAUCAGGAAUGUAUCAUAAAUUAUGGGAGGAAAAACCCCAAAAAAAAAUUGUGUUGGAAAGGUCAUUAAUUUGGUUACAGUCAUGAUACUCAGUUAUUAAAAUUCAUCCUAGGAUCACUUUUUUGGCUGUUCUUGUUACUAGAUGGUUGGCAUCAUGUGUAGCAGAUUAUUUUAGUAAGAAAUAAAAUAUCUAUCCAAUGAUAA